AGGGUUUCCUGUCUCAAGGCGUCCCAUCGGAAAGCACAGAUUCGUCCUGAGCAACUCAUUCCCUCGGUCGGCGGUCGCGGGGAUGGAUCUGAGGUUGGAAGGAAGGCAUCCGUUGUUGUUCGACGACGAUGCUGCCUCGGCUUUCAUCAAUUCUGCCGACGCCCUUGUGCCAUGGUGCGGUGAUCCCACCCUUCUCAUCGAUCGUUAUGACGUCCGACACCUCCUCGAUCGGAUUCCUCCUCGCCCUCCGAGGAGGGCCUCGAAUCGUCUCGCUGAGGAGGUGGCUGACGGUGGUGUGACCGCCUCUCAGCUCGACCAUGAACGCUACCUCGAUCUCCUCCCUUCCACGGACGACACGGAUGCCAUCAGUGUCGCUUCCCCCGACGAUGCAAGGGAAAUAUCAUCAGGUUUGUUUACCGUAAAAAAUCUUUUCUUUUCUGUAUUAAUUUUUUUCCUGCAUAAAUGAGGUGAUUCCUAACUUCAAUUCAAAUUGUAUUGAUUUUACUGAAUGUUUAUCAGAACUUGUUUGGAGCCAAUAUUUGGAGACGAACGGAGGGGUAACGACUUAGGUGUAGGAAGCAUGACUAAAAUUCUUGCAGUUAAUAAUUUUAAAAGUCACAUCUCUGUAAUUCUCAGAAUAGCAUGUAGUAUUCGGUAGAUGAAUCUGAUUACUCAUUUUAGCAUGUGAGGCGCCUAUAAGCUACGCAUAUAAGUAGGUCUAAUUUUGUAGAGAAGGUAAAAUUCUUUGAUUUUCUGUGCUUUUUCAUCACCAUUUUAUUUUAUUUGCAAUAACUAAUACAUGUUCUAUUCACACUGUUUCUAAUUUCCCCUCUCAAAAUAACAAUUCACUUAUUUGAGUAACAUAUUAAUUUGGUAGUCUUAAUUGAUUUAAAGGACUUACAGGUGGUUUAAUCAUCAUGAAACCUAAGAAAAUGUCUUCAUUUCUUUUUUUUUUUGUAUUGAUAAAGUUUCUUUGUGGACUGACAACCUGCUACCCAUAAAAAACGUUGUUUGAAAGUGCUUUUGGCUUGCUAGUGAUAACCAAGUCAUGUUAUUUGGGUCUUUCAAUGACCUUUUCUUGUUUUAUAGUUCCUGCAAUGUAUUGCAUGGCCUGCAGUUGAUGUUUGACUUGCUCUUUCAUACUUUAUGGAAUGAAAUAAUUCCUCAUGGCUCAUAUAAUAUGCCAUGUACAGUUCUAUAUUGGUGGAUGGUGGGUUGAUAACCUGUAUACUUGCUCUGUUCAGUUUAUCGCGGAUCUUGCGGCCAAUAAAAUGACUCACAUGUUAAUUAAUUGAAUAUUAUAUUGCAUUUGCAUUCUAAGUUUGCAGGAUGGGUGCUUAGUUCAUGAGUUCACUCAGAAUCCAAGUAAGAAACUUCCACAUUCUUACGAUUGUUCAUCACUGAAUUUGUGUUAAUGGUGAGGCUUUUUUAUUUUUUAUUUUGAUGGUCAUCUUAAUUGAGAUUUUGGUCUUUCUUAUUUCAGAUAAAAUUAAAGAUUUGGAUGCAACUUAUCAGGCUGUACCUUUUUCAUAUGGAAAUGCCGAGAAUGCAGCUGAUCCAAAUAAGGAUUCUGGAUUAACUUAUUCUGGUUAUCGUCCAGCUUUUCCACUCCCUGAAAGAUUGAUGAGUAAACUACCUGAUACAGAGAAAUUGCAUCAAAUUAUUGCAAGAACAGCAUCGUUUGUUAGUCAGCAUGGUGGACAAUCAGAGAUUGUCUUACGUGUGAAACAGGGUGACAAUCCAACUUUUGGGUUCUUGAUGCCAGAUCAUCAUCUUCAUGAGUAUUUUCGCUUCCUUGUUGAUCAUCCACAACUUCUAAAUAAUGAUGCAACUAGUGAGAAAACACAAGAUAAGGAAAAGCUGGAAGAGCAGAAUAAAGACAUGCUUCCUCCCCGUAGUGGGGCCUUGUCAUUGCUUGGAUCUGUCUAUGGAUCAAUAGAAGACGACGAUGAUACUAAUGCUACUGGAUGUACCAAUCCCAGCAUUGCUGAUAAUGCACCAAGUUCUCAUAGCUCAGAGCAAGCCUUGAAGACUUUGGAAGGGCAUAAUAAAAUCAAGACAACGAAUUCCUAUGUGGUUCCUAAAGAUAUGACUUCAACAAGAAAGAAACUGGCCACUAGAUCUAGUUCACCUAAGGUUCUACAUAAUAAGAAUGCAAGAGAUGGCAAAGGAAUCCUUCCUGUUUCUGUUGAGCAUAAACACAGUGAUCAAUUUUGCAUGCCGGAUGUUAAACCGGUAUUAUUGGAACCUCCAUCUUUCUUAAAAAGAAUGAUAGAAAAAAUAGUUGAAUUCAUUAUUAGAAAUGGAAAGGAGUUUGAGGCUAUCCUUGUGGAACAAGAUAAGUCAGUAGGCAGAUUUCCUUUUCUUGUGCCGUCAAAUCAGCACCAUGCGUACUACCUUAAGGUUCUUGAAGAGGCUCAUCAGGGUAAUGCCAGGAGCAAGAAUAAAGGACGAAAUGAGGUUUCAGAAGCUGCUCAUUGCAGAUCAUCAGAUAUGUCAGAAGAAUGGUUUUACGAUCCUCAUAGAAAAGAGAAAUUCAAGAUGGUAAUUGGUGGUUCGAAAAAGGAGAAGCAUGACCAAGAUUCAAAUCGGCCCACUCAAUCUGGAGCGAGUGUAGAUGAAGCUGCUGCUAUUGUUUUGGCGGUCACAAGAGGUGUGAGUCCUGCUAAUGCUCGUCAACAUGUUGCAGCUCCUGAUUCCACGCUGGGUCUCUCUCAACGUGAGGCUUUACUUGGUUCCAGUGCUGGAAGUUUUUCCUCGUUACCAGAUCAGGAUUCUAUGCCCAAACGUGGUUCUAGCUAUGAAGCUGGUACAUCAUUGCAUUUGUCGGGCCUUGACCCACCAAGUAAAAGGGCUUCUAGAACAGUGGAUGAUGUAUGGAUUGCAAAGGCUAUUGCGAAGACUGCAGCACUUGCUGCAUCGCGCGAAGCCGAUUCAUCUGAAGCUUCCUUGACAAAGGAGCAAAAAUUGAAGGCUGAGAGACUGAAACGAGCAAGGAUGUUCUCUGCAAUGAUAAAGAGUGGUAAUCCAUUGACUACGACAUGUAGUGCUGCAACUGAUGAGGAUUCAUCUUUGCAUAUAUGUGCUGGAACUGAUAUUGCACACAAAGAACGAGAAGGAAGCUCUGUACCUCAUGAUGCAAACGUAUCUGCAAGAACGAAAUCUCACGGGAGAGAGAUUGAUCAAGUUAUUAGCAGGGAUAAAAGGGAGAGACACCGUCUGAGCUCUCAAAAUUUUGAUAAUAAUGAGGAUGAGGAUGGAAAUCAUAAGCGGCACAAGAGUAGGCAGUGGUCAGAACACUAUAGCAGCAGUGGUCGCAAGCACAGAAAGCAUCACUCAUCUUCCGAUAGAGUUUCUAGACAUCAUAAGCACCAUAGUUCUUCAGAAGAUGAAUACAGGCACCGAAAGAAGUCCCAUCAUCAUAAGGAUGAAGAUGCUUCGGAAGACGAGGAAAAUGAGAAGAAAUUGUAUGAUAAGCACAGGAAUAAACAUCACUCGCGAUCCCAAAGGAACCACUUAAUUGAGAGAGAGAUGAAUAGAAACAAAUUGGAUCAGCCCGAGAUCGCUCAGAAAUUGUCGAACCAGCAACAGGAAUUAAAUAUGCCAGGAAGUUCUGAUACGAAGUCUACAAAUGCUUCCACGGAAGUUUCAAGUGGUCUCAGAGAAAGAAUACUGGCUAUGCUGCGUGAAAACCUGUAAACGAUGCUGUCCAAAUGCAUUUUUUACUUCUGUAUAAUUCUUCUACUUGCUCGUUGAUCUGUAGUAGUUUUGAGCAAAAUGCUUUUUCAUGAUUUUUUUAAAGUUCUUGAUGCUUAUUUCAGGGAUGUUCCAUUCGCUCUCCCUAUACUGGUUGUAACAAUGUGGGGCCGGUACAUUUAAAAUAGAAUGAUCAAAUGUCAAGGACCAGAUCCAUUCUAUCA